CCACAACACCCUUCGUCCCUCGUCCUUCUCCUCCCUCCCCUCGCCUCGAUUCUUCGCUCGGAUCCUCUGUUUACCCACCAUGUCCACGCUCUCGUCCACCAGCACCAGUGACCAAGUCGCUGACUUCUUUGGCGGCCCCCGCUGCGCCGGCAAGACCGUGCUCAUCACCGGCGGCAACACCGGCAUCGGUCAAGAUACCGUCCGUGUCCUGGCCUCCAAGGGCGCCACUGUGAUCUUCACCAGCCGCAGCAAGUCCAACGGCGAUGCCGCCCUCGCCAAGCUGCAAGAGCAAUGCCCCGGCGCCCAGAUCUCGUACAUGUCCGUCGAUCUGUCGUCGCUCCAGUCCGUCAAGGUCUUUGCCGAGGAGUUUACCCAGAAGUACCGCGAGCUGCACAUCCUCAUCAACAAUGCCGGCGUCAUGGCCUGCCCCAAGAGCUUCACCACCGACGGCUUUGAGAACCAGUUCGGUGUCAACCACAUUGGCCACUUUUACCUGACUCAGUUGCUGCUGCCCUUGCUUAAGAGAACCGCCACCGCGAAGGAGCCAGCUCGUAUCAUCAACCUGUCGUCGGUGGCCAACAUCAUGGCCCCUGCCGAAGGCAUCCAGUUCGACGACCUCAACGCCGACAAGAGCUAUUACCGUUGGGGCCGCUACGGCCAGUCCAAGUUCGCCAACGUCCUCUUCUCCAAGGAGCUCCAGCGCAGAUAUGCAACCGAUAACAUCGUCAGCGUCGCCGUCCAUCCUGGCGUCAUCAAGGCGACCGAUCUGUGGCGGUACACGGAUAUGUGGACCAAUGUUACCUUCAUGUACUACAUCCUCACCCACCGACACAUGGCACCGAUGCCCAACGAGCACCUUGCCGAGAAAACGAUUCCCCAGGGCAGCGCCACGACCGUUGUUGCUGCCAUGAGCCCAAGCCUUGUGCCCGGUGGCUACUACGCCGACUGCCAAGAGACCAGCGCAGGCCUGCACAAGCUUGCCAACGACGAAGCCCUGGCCAAGAAGCUGUGGGAGUACUCUGAGAAGGCCAUCUCUGAACGCGUGGCCAAGUUUUGAGAGGGUGCUGCUCGGAGUUGAUCCAGCCUCUCGCGCGGUUAUCUCAGUCAAUUCUAUGGUUUCCAUGCUCCCUUUCCACCUCCAAAAAUGGUGUCUAUGCUUUUAUCUGUUUGGAUUGUGGUAUUCAGUCCGCCUUGAGGUAUUCGGUCCGCCUUGAGGUAUCCAAGGCCCCCCUCAUCGUCGACUACUGUCUCCGCUUUCCCCCGCGUUGCUGCGUUAUGUGUCCUCAUCGAUUUCGUUUGUGAAGCUUUCGCCGCUGAGUAAACCUCUAAUACCUA